CUGAUGUUUUAUGGUCGACUACUGAAACUGACUAAGCGGCGACAAAAAGCGAUGGAUUUUUUGUCGCGUUAAUCUUUCUCUGACAACGUCACAAUUCUGGUAAGUACUAACAGUAUACUAUGAAAUUAAAUAGUAAGUUACAGGUAAAAAUUAAAAAAAAAACUUCGUUUAUUUGUGCAUUCAGGGCUGGAGACACAAAGGACAAACUAACAGGAAUUCUAGUUUUGAACACUGAAGCCCCAGCAAGGGCAACUGUUCGGAGAAGCAAAUGUUGCCUAGGGUUUUCUGUGGCUUGUGGAGGGCUAAAAAUUUCCGAAUGAGCUUUCCAUUCCUGUUAAAUUCCCUGCGAUUUUCUGAAUUUCAAGUUUUCACAUUUUACUCCCCAGGUUAGGCUAUUUUUAACGUUUUACGAAAGUGAAAUUUUUUUAUUUCUCUCUCCAUCACAUUUUUGAAUACAAAAAUUUUACUCUAAAGUAAAAGUGGCGGUUUUGCAUCACCCGAGUAGCGCAGCUGAUGAAGUAUCCCUCUGCUAAGUGAGUGGACGCUGGUUUGAACCUGCCCGGCAGAGCACUAACUGACUAAGAUCUUUCCCGGUCUUUUCCGUUUUAACUGCAGAACUAGGUCAGUCGGUAGAUGGUCCAUUACUGCAGUCAGAGUCACUGAGAAAUGAAGGUAUUCCCUUUGCCCUGCAAACGGCCAGACCUUCGCGUGGCUCGAUUGUCCGCGUAACACAGCGUCAAGUUAGUGUUCGGCAAUUAGCAUUUUCGUGCUAUGUAUAUGAACACCAAAUGAAGUGCCUUUUUUAAUAGUAGGAGGAGGUGUAAGAGCCCUCGCCAGUGCUGGUCGAAAAAACGGAGGAAGUAAUAAAACUUUCAAAAAGUGAGCCCCAUUUCGAUUAGGAAGGGACCGAGUGUUCCGCCUAAUCUGCAGUGUUAACUUUGAAAUUUCGAAUUCAAGGAGCAAAAUCUAUCAAACCCUGUGAAUUUUUUUCUUGAAUCUAUCAAACAAAUUUCGUUAGAGAAGAUAUGUUAGUCACCGAGAAAAUAUUUCGCCAAACAGCUCGUAAACGAAAUUCCCUGGAGUUGCUUUAGGCAUGCAAUAAUCACGAUGAGAAGAAUCGAUUGCUUGAUACUCGCUCAUGAUGCAAGUAAUCUCCAUGUCUUUGUUUUUAUUUAUUUGGAAUGAAUGAAUUUAUGAUUUUGCAUUUCCUUGCUGGGAUAAUUGUUAGUAGCGACCUUUCUGACUCGCUUUAUCAUUGCCUACUAUUAAAAAGUUUUAAAAUUUUACUUGGUAAAAACUGACAGGUUGAUUUACACUGCUCUCUGCAUAAAUUUAAGAAAGCAGUUGUUUCUCCAAUUUCAGAAUCAAAAUGCGAUCGACAAACGAACACUUGGCGCAAGCAAAAUUUAGAACACUGACCCGCAUUCAACGAUCUAUCAUGCUGAAUUAAGUAAAGCCGUUUCGUGUUUUGAGAACUUUGAUAUCCAAUUUUAUCAAAAAAAUUAAGAAGCAACUUUCCUAAAAAUAGAAGCAAGAUCCAGAUCCGUCUUGUCGUUUUCUUAACUCCGUUAUUACUUCCUUGUACAACAGGUGACUGCUGCAAAGUUAGGGCCCUGAACAACUCCACUGGUUGACGACAUUGGACUCUUCCACUUAACUUGACAAACGUUCUCUAUAUAAUCAGGUGGUGUACUUGUGGUUUUCUUGAUAUCUCUUAGUCCCUGCAAAAACAUUCUGCUUGAGAUUUUUGGUUUUGAAACUUUCCUUUCUAUUCCAGAGAUCUGUGGAUUAAACGAUAAAAGGUGCAAACUUUGUUAUCUUUUAAAAGAGAGGAUAAAACAUUACAUAUUAUGUUGAAAUGAUGAUAUGAAAUUCAUCGAUCAGUUGGGGAGACAUACUUUCACGACAAACGUCAAUCUUAGGUUAAAGAUUUUCUCAAAUUAGGAAAUUGGUGGACAAAAACUGUCCGAACAAUUCCUAUUUUGUAUAACAGGCGUAAAAAAAUAUAAUUUUUGUUUGUUGUAGAUAUAAAAAACAGUUCACAGCGAGUUAAAGGAAAUCUUCAGUGGUCGCGUUACGAGCACCGUAAAGGUGAUUCAGCGUUUUCACAUGACGUCACGGCGGCCGUAUUGGUGUUCUAGAACACUGGAACGGCGGCCAUGUUUGUGUUCCCAACCAAUACUGUGGGAGUUGAACUCUUUCCUUAUGUAAACGCUUUCUUUUGUUGCAAUUUAUUUGCAUAAAUGCUGGGCACGUGCGUGAAAACUGCUCUAAUGACAACUGGUCUGCAAAAAUACAAACUUCUUCACCAACUCUUACUGGGUCUUACUGAAAUCCUUAUGUUCUUUUCUUUUGAUCUUUUCCCACGACCUUGACUAGGAUUUCAUGCAAUUUAAUUUUGAAACUGUAUUUGCAGCAGCUGCUGUUUCUAACCAUAUCAAAGCAUAAUAUCCAGUUUGUAACACCAAAGUCUAAAAACAAAAAGCUGCAAUGAGACCGACCGCAGACAAGGAAAAUUAUCGCUGUAGUGGCUUCGUGAAAAACUCGGUUUUGCGAUAGUCAAUUUGAAUAGCUUAGGCUGACGAUCAACUAACUUUUUCCUUGCGUCGCAGUAACGGUCGAAAGGCCGCACAUGACUUUUGCUGCGAUUUUCAUAUUGACCGUCAUUGUGGGAUGAGUACCCCGAAAUUAGUGCGCACCUAAAAUGCAAUAACAUGGCGUCACUUGUUAAAGUAAAAUAUCACACAUGUAUAGCAACCAUACAGGAACCCAUAAUCCUGAGCGAGCAACUUCCAUGCGCUUGUGUCAUGGCGUUUUCACGGACCAGUUUGUUUUUAGAACGCUUUUGGCGCGAAUUUUGAAUAUUUGGUAAACUCCACAAACUAGUCAGCAAAAUCUACAGACCUAAAAAUGAUAUUUUUUGCCUUUUAAUAACAUUUAGUUUUCUUUUUUUAUAUCUUAUACUUCGAACGCGCUCAUAGACUUGGUAGAGAUUCUAUUUUCGCCGGAAAAAGUGCCCUAAAAUGUGUUUAAAAAUAAAUUAAACUGGUCCCUAAAAACGCCGUGACAUAGACCUAGUAUGGGAGUUGCUCGCUCCGGGUUAUGGACUCCUGCUUAUUAUAAAAAUUCUUUGUUUCUCACCUUAGAUCUGAGUCACAAUGCCCAAUAUACACUUCUUCGUCUCACUCUUGCUCGUGACAACUAUAUCUCAUGCUGGUAAGUCAUAUUCCAACUUGUUAUAACCCUGUCCCUUGUUCACCUCUCCCGCACCCCCUCUCCACCUCCCCCCCCCCCCCCCAAAAAAGAGAAAUUUGCAUAACAUUGUUCAGAGCGUUUACACAUGACGUCACGGCGGCCAUGUUGGUGUUCCAAACCAAUCCAGCGGUAGUUGAACGCUUUCUUUUGUUCUAAUAAUUUUGGAUUGAUACUGGCCAUGUGAGCGAAAAGGCUUUAUCAUAGAUCAUAGUCGUCCCAAGAGAAAUUGAAGACGAUGCCUAUGUUGUAUGAUGGGCAAUGUGAAAAUGGUGAAUUAUUUGCAUUCUUUAUUCGAUUUUGCAUACCCACUUAUAAUAUGAUCAGUAUGAUUUAACUCAUGUUACAAAUCGCCAUUUCGUCCUCACUUUGGGGUAAAACGUCCAGAUAUGUACAAGCCCUGUAAUUACAGUGCGACUACUGUAACCGGGGCCACUUAGAGAAAAUUGACCAAUCGGAUUAUAGCGGAGCUCCAUGGCUAAGUAAAUCUACCCAUCCUAGACAAUUUGGUAAUCACGUGACCGUACACCGAGCGACCGGGCGCCCGUCCAUCCGCACCACAGGCAUACCAAUGUAUAAAAUAACUCAAUCAACAGGUAUGGCAACCAAAGUUAUUUUGGCCGGAAAUCGCAUAAACACCGGCGUCUUGAAAAGCAGAGACAACUAAAGAGUCAAUAAAAACGAAAACGGAAAGCGGAGAUUGUUUCUGUAUCCGUGGUGUCUAAAGUACUAAGCUUAAUAGAUUAAUUGUCACGUCUACAAAUUUGGAAUAGAGAGCAAGAGAAAGACAGAGAAAAAGAGAAAGCAGGCGGCAGGCCAGCGAAGCUCAAAGAGAAGAAAAACAAAGGAGACAUUUUUUUGUUGGAAGAACAACAUGAAAACUUUGUAGCGGCGGUGACAAAAUGAGAAAUGCUAGCGUCCACCAAUGCAAAGUGAAAAUGAGCGGCAGUGAAAAAAAAGUGAAUGAAAACACGUUCGACAUUUCCUCCAAUUCCAAAAAACAUGUAACAAAGAAGUUUCUGGAAGUUUCACAUUGUAAUCGUGCAAAACAACGGCAAAGAAAUGUACAAAAAAAUUGUGCUCCUCGUGCAAACUGGCUUUUUUGCUAAUUAGACCUAUUGUUGUUUUUCACCGUUCUCCGGCGUUGCCUUCCCCGCUUGCCAUUACACGAUUCUAUACUUUGUUUGGACAAACUUUAAAUAUUAUCAAGAGCUUCCCUUUUAACCCUGGCUAAACCUAAAUAAAAAUAAAAUAACAAUUUAUUCCGGGAAAGUUGGUUGUGGGCCAAUCACCAGCCGGUAAAUAAAACAACAAAUUACUCGAAACAAAACAAUGAUAGUUAUAAUUAUUUACUUCUAUAGCACUAUAUCGAUGAAAAUAAUUAGCAAUUUAUGAAUGAGGCUGAGUAGAGUAGGAUAUGAAGAAUUAAGCAGUUCGAGGAGGGUGUUAUCCACAGAGGCCGAAGGCUGAGGUGGACAACACCCUCCGAGAUCUGCUUAAUUCUUCACGUCCUACGAAAGCCGAAUUCAUUAAUUGCUUUAUUAUUCAUUCAAAAUAAUUCCUAGUUUAAUAACAUAGCUAAAACUUGCUUACCUGCAUCGAUCUGAAGUUUAUCUUCGAUAGUGUACGUUUAGGUUUGUCCAGCUCCGCAAAAAUUCUCCAGAUAGCAUAUGUCGCCUCCGAGUGGUCGUCUUGCUGUUUUUGCUAUGUUUUUAGCCAUUAUUUCGCCUAGUUCCAGCUGUAGUUCUUACUCUUGAAACGAGUGAAGUGUCCGCCAUUUUAGUUUUCACAACGAAAACAACUCAACCUCGUCCCCAGGUCUUCUCGGUUAACGGUGCAUUAACCUGUAGAAGGCUGCAUUUUUGACGUCAUUUCCUCGUUAAACACAAAAUUCUUCAAAAAUUUGGUCAUCAGUAACUGGUUAUGGUGAAUUAUGCGUGUGCCUUAAGCCAAUCAGAAUUGGGGAAAUAUUUUGAAUGAAUAAUAAUGCCCUAUAGUGCCUCACAGAGAUAAAACCUGCCUUACAAUAUACAAUAGCUUACAAAUAGACUCUAUCUAAGUGUUAAAAAGGCCAGAAAGAACAAAAUUUACAACUGUUUAGAAAUAAUUAAAAAUUUAAGUCUAGAAAAGGUGAAUAAAUAACGGGUGCGUGAUAGACUACCAGCUGGCAGGCAGAAAAGAGGUUUUUCAAUGUGCUCUUUCUGAGUAUGUGGGUCUGGUGUUGUUUAACCCAUAAAAAACCGGCUUGUACCCAUCCCUUCUCGAUUUGAAAUAAGGAAAUGGCAGAAAUUUAUCUCCAGAGACGAAGAUCACUUUAUUAAUCUUAAUUUGUUCAUUUUUCUUUAGCUUUACGUUGCCCUGAUGAUUGGAUUGAGUUUCAACGUUCUUGCUACAAGGUGAUGAAAAAAAAUGAAAGUUCCAAGAUAUUCGGAGGUUGGUUAAAAGCGUCUCGCGUGUGUUUGGGGUAUGGAGGUUAUCUUGUUAGCAUGAUAAGUGAAAAGGAAAAGCAAUUUGUUCAUGAACUGUCGUCUCCGAGGUUAAAAAACCAAUCUGCUUGGAUUGGGUUGGUUCAUCGGCUUCCGAAGGAUAUAUAUUCAUGGAACGAUGGAAGUUCUUUUAAUCCUUCUUUAUCUGUCAACUGGUGUGGAAAUACAACAAGUAAGCUUAAUGGGAAUGGCACCAAAUGUGUGGAACUACUCAGAUAUGGCUGGAACCUUACUGAAUGUUGCAAGGAAACCGAGUACUGCAUCUGUGAAAAACCGAAAGGUGAGUUGCUUCUAAAUACGUGAAGAAAGUAACCAGGCCUAUAUACAAUUGACAACAAUGCACAGAAAUGUUUGCCAAAAGGAUCUGAUAAAGCCAAAGUAAUAGGCCAUUUGCGCUAAGAGGUCAUGUGACAUCGCUUUUAUGAAAAUGAAAGUUAUAUGAUUCGCGCGGGGGAAGAUGGAAUGGAUGCGCGCUCUCUUUUCCUUUCUGACAAACCUUUCCACAACACAAAGAGGCUUCUACGGAGGAGAGAGGCCUUUCUGCCGAGGGAGACGUGAUAAAACGACUGAAAUUCAUGCAGGCUCUGACGCCAGUUGUUCAAAAAUUAACUAACCCUACCCUACGGAUAAUUCUCUAUCCGAUGGAUAGUGUGGCUGGUUGAGUUAUCGACUACAUAGUUACAGAUUUUACUAGGAACAUGAUGAUAAGGAUCUAUGAGAAAGAUGUUCUUCUUUUUCUUUGGUAACAAAGGCGGCUCGAAAGAAAAAAAUCUGAGUACUCCAAAAAAGCAGUAGAACCUAUGAGCUUCUGGUUGCUAGUACAGAUGCUCUAUCACUGAGCUACCGGAUACUCAUGAGUGCUAAGGCCACUAAACUAGGGUCAUGCGACAAACCAGGGGCACUCAGCGAAUGUUUCAGUCUGCAAAAUAUCUCUUUCGGAGAAGCAAAUAUUGGCUCCAAUUUUCUGUCACUUGGGGACGGCUAAAAAUUUCUAGAUGAACGUUCCAUUCAUAAACAAUUUUCGAAGCUUGUCCAAUAAAUUCCCUACGAUUUUCUGACGUUAAAGUUUUCACAUUUCACUCCCCAGGCUAGGCUAUUUUUCGGAGAAAAAAGAAAAUCUACAAUUUUCGGAUCCAAAAUACGUUAAAUCGCUUUUCAAAUGUUCGGGAAAAUAAUGUACUGAAGCCCUUGUACUGUUCGAAAGAUUCACGUUCCCCUGGGAUGAUCGAACAGAUAAAAAUUUUAUAGAGCCGCUUAGAAUGCACUUAUAAAGGUCUAAAGGUGCUCUGGAUAGCCAACAAGUGUCGUCAAUGUAUUUAGGAGGAAACCGUCGUUGGGUGUCCCUGACAAACAUCCUGCAUACUUCAAGCACUGUAAUCUCGAUAUGUGCUUAUACGCAAUGAUGGAGAUGUGACGGUGAAUUUUAAGCCUGGUAAAUUCAUGAGAAAGAUAUUUUUCAGUCACUAGGUGACACAGGCGGCUCUAAAAAUUAAACGACAUUCAUUGGAAAUCGUUAUAUUUAAUUUUUCCUAUCCAUUAGGUCCAUUGAGUUGCCCUGAUCAUAAUGAAGGACACCUGAAUGGAUUAUCUUGCUACUAUACGCACUGGACUUCAAAAACAUGGGAAAACGCAAAAGAGGACUGCACUGCUUCUGGAAGCAAUUUGGUGAAAAUAAAUGGUACUAACAAAAAUGACACGGGAUUCCUGAUCCGCCUGUUGGACACUAUUAAUUUCAAAAAGGUAGCUGAAUUAAGUAAGAGUGACCAAAAAACAGGUAGCACCAUAAACAAAUAUGGAUAUAAAAAAUAUAGUAUUUGUCAGUUACUGAAUAAAGCUGAGUAUGAUAACAACAAUUAUGCAUAUCGAGGAGGGCUAUGACCCUGAUUGAAUUGGUUGGUUUUUUCCUAUAUUUCGCAAAUAUGGUAGGCUUCUGCUGAUUAUGAGAAAAUACAUGGAAAAUUGAUCAGCCAAUCAUAAAUGGUGAAAUAUUUUGUAGAGGUACUAAAUGCCUCUAAAUCUUUACCUGUUAGCAUACCCGACUGAGAACCUAUACACGCAGAGGGUAGAGGGACGCCUUAUGACAUUUUAUAAUCAAUCACAGACUAACUAGCAUGAAUGUGGACUCAACCGCUGUUCAGUGAUAGAAACAGGUCCUAGACAAGCUUCACAUGAUGUUCUAUGAUUGCUCAUCGCUGUUAUCAGGCCCCUAUUUUUUCAAAAGGUGCUUAGUGUUUAGUUAUUCACCUUUUGAAAAAUUAGAGCAAGCCAGGAGACAAUGAAACGUCGGUGGCUUAGGGUAAAGAAACGGAAAGAACUAUAGUUAGUACAUUAUCAUCAUGAUCAUGAUCAUCAUCAUCAUUAUUAUUAUUACUGACAUCAUUCGUUAGUUGCUGUUUUUCUUUUUUAUUUUAAAGGACAUUUGGAUCGACCCUGAAGGAACCAACUCUAAACCGUGUUUCAUAAUCCCGAAGACAGAUGAUGGAAAGACAGACCGUGACUGUGGCCAAACGCAUGCUUAUCUUUGUGAAAAGCCCGUCCCAGGUGUGAUUUCAUUAUGGUGGCACACUUCCAUUUGAAGGCUACGAAUUAAGUAGCUUUAAUUAAAAAAAAAAAUGAGGAAAGUAAGGUCUUCUUACCAUUAUUUUUAUAUAAACUUUCAUCGCGGCUCUUUACGCCGGUCAAAAACUGCACAAAACCAAAAAGUAUCUCAGACCCUGCUCAGAUAAAAAGAAGAAAAAACUUUUCUGUUGCCUAUGUUAAUUAUUUUCAAAAUUCCUUUUCAAACAGUCAGUAACCUUGGUAUCCGAGGGUACUUGCUAAAAUGGCCUAUAUGGGGAGGCUCCGCCAGAAAGGGGUGCUCCCCUUUUUCAGGCUUCAGGUGUAUCAAAGGGUAGGGGUUACUCUUGUUAAAGUAUGUAAAACGUGCGGGAAAUCUGUCAUUGCGGUCCCAGGCGCAUUUUAUGGCUGUGAAAAAACAAGAAAACUUUCUGGUUUAGCGACUUGUUCAUAGCUUAAAGGCCGUACAUUUACAGCAGUUAAAAAAGAUGCAGCUUUCUAAAUUGGUAUGUAAAAGGGGUGCCAUUUUUCAAUUAAAGAUAUGCGAAAGGGGUCCCUUUUUUGUCAAAAAUUAGUACAUAAAAGGGUAAGGGGUUGGACCUCAGGGCAUAGCUUCCCCGUAUAAAAUUUUGUUAAGUACUUUCCCCUCUCCUCCCCGGGCCUUGGCAAUGUGUUAACGUCUUUAGUCCAGAAUUAAAAGAAACGUUGCUUUUUCCUUUAGGGAAAGUUUGUCAUUAUCAGUGCCCAGGGCAAAUGUCAUCUGUUCCCACUGAAGUCAAUUGCUCAUUUCCAAAAAGUCUCUGUUUUAAGUACAGUAAUAAGAGCGUGAAAGAUGGGCAAUUCACUGCACUAGGGUGUAUAUCAGCUGAACUAUGCAGACAACUUGACAACCGAAAAGGCUUGGAAUGUUGCCAUGGUGAUUUGUGUAAUACAGGUGAGGCGAGAAAGACUAUCAAAAUUGAAGCCCUAAUUACAGUUUGGAUGCAGUGCUCAAUACAUGGAACCAGUCUGACCUCGCGUUCGGUUGUUCUGGAACCUAGUGGAAACAAUAAUUUUCAUAAUAAAGCUCAAAGCGCACUCUGGUAGGUUGAAAAAGCGCGCAUGCUUUAUGAGAGCCUAAAAGACGGAGCUAAGGCUGUCACGCCCUGCCAAUAUAGUUUGUUUUACGUCUCGUAUUCCCCCUACACAUCUUUUGUGCCUCUUCCUGAGCGCUUUACAACAGAACAAAGCACAAUCAAAGCUUCUUUAUUUGUUAAGUGCAGUGAUGGAAGAUUUUAAAUUGUUUUUGGCAAAUCAUCAGCGUGUCAAUCAAAUAAAAAAAAAAUGUCUAGGGUUAGAGAAGUUAAGAGACGUAAUGAUGUGAUAUGACAUAUAGGUUACGUCAUCCCUCUGAUUAAUGGCCGCGUCAUCGUCUUGAUGACUUUCAUCAUGUUUAGAAAAGUUUGAAAGCAGGACUAAAUUGAUUCAAAAUCAACAGAUAGAUACCAAAAUGAUGACAUAGUGACCACCAGGGAAAUAUUACACUGAUUUUCACUAUAUAGUUAUCAGUAUUUAUUUAUUUUAUAAUAAUUAUUUAUGAAUGAUCUGCGACAUAUAAAAAAGUUCUUAAAAUGAAAAUAAAAAGUCCCCGAAUGUUAUCCUUUCUUAAAGGGAAAUAACAUAUAUUUAUCAGUAAAAGUGACUAGGGUUAGUGAUUUCGGCGCAAAUUUCUAGGUCUAAUUGUUCGAAAUUGUUGUUUUUCUCCGUUUCAGCAAUAUCCUGCUAUCGAUGUGAAAACAGUUCAUCUCUUGACGAAUGCCAAAAAAACCAAGUCGACGUAGAUUGCCCCAUACCUGUUCACUACUGCGCAAAAAUUAAGUAUGAAUCGACAACAAGAGAGGGCAAAAUACAAACGACUUAUCGCAAGGGAUGUGUUACCAAAGAUCAGUGUAAUGCGACCAGUGGAAAGAUUGUAGAUUGCUGCAAAGGCGACAAGUGUAAUACAAGUAAGAAGAAAUUAUUUUUUAUCUUACAAAGUAGCAUACUUUUCAAUCUCGUUCCCAGGGACUUCUCGUUUUCAAAUGGCGGCGGCAUAUUGGAAAACGAGAAGACCCUUGAACGAGGUUUUCACAGUUUGAGUCUUGUUUAA